AUGGACACCCCCCAAUCUCCCACCUCUCCCAAGAGGAGUCGUGGAUUCAGCGUGAAAUCCGGCAAUUCAGACAAAUCGGGAUCAACAAGCCACAAGCGUGGAUUUUCAGAGUCAUCAGAGGAGAAAGCUCGUCGCAAUCUACAUACCAAAGCAGAUCCACUCGUCGCCAUGAACGAAAUGCAGCCUAUGACGGUCGCCCUGGAAAAAUCAAAUCUGGGCUCCCUGCGAGAGAUUCAAUUCAAGGAUCAGUAUGGGAAUGUCAUCAGUUCGUAUCCACUUGCCAUCAUUGGUUCCUGGGACUUUCUUGCUAACCCUUGCUUCGUCCCAGCCGAUCCCGACCUGUCAAAUCCCACGCGACCGCGAUUUGAGCGCCCCUUGGAUACAAUUCGAUCGUUUGAGGCAGCGAUCAACAGCUCCUACAACAAUAAUCGUGCGUCGUAUGCCAAAGCAGAUGAUGCCGCAUCACAGAUGGGCGAUUACAGCCGACGAACAAGCUACUAUGGAGGUCAAAACACUUCCAACAGAAACUAUGAACAAAACAACUACUACGGCCAAACCCAAUCGCGACCAGACAGUGUCGUGAAUGCAUACCAGAACACACCUCUAUCACCCGAGAACCCAAAUCCAUACCCCUACGCCCAGAGCGGAUAUAACCAAGGCGGAUAUAGCCAAAACAGCAGAAGACGCCCAUCCCACCAUCCACGCGGGUCACCCUCGACACCCAUGACCCCCUCCGAGGGCUACCCGAACAUGGCCAACAGCUCACAAUACGGCUACCAACGGUCGCGGGACAACGUGGCUGCGAUAUCGAACAAUAGCUCUAGCAACACAUAUCCCUACGGCCAGUCCACAGAUCCCAGCUCGCUCAACAGCUCCAACGACCAAUUGCAGCAGCAGGCUCUGCAGCAGCAGCGUCUCGACGAGCGUGCUCAAGAGUAUGGUUUCAGUGGUUUCAACUCACCACGGGCUCCCCAACCCAUCGGUGACCCGAGUUGGGGUGGACCUGUUGGAGGUGCUACGACUUCCGCGGGGGCUGCGCCUGCACAAUCGGUUGAGCGCAAGAAUGUGAACCAACCAUCGCCUGGUGGGCAGAAAGCGGAAAAGAGGAAGAGCUGGUUUAAGCGCCGGUUCAGCAAAGAUUAA